AGACCGAUUUUGCGAUCGUCGAGCAAGUUCAGUCACAAUCAGUAGUUCAAACGCGCUCUUGAACAACGCUCGAUGCCGCAUUCCGCGAAACCGGCUGAGUGCGAGACCCAAAAAUCCUAAAGGGAAGGAAGUGCUCAGCGCAAGUAGUCUCCACUUUACCGCAGGAUUUUUUGCCACUUAACAUGAAACUACCUCAUUUUUCGUAAAACCGCAAGAAUCCAAUAACGUGUUUCUCAUCAGUAUUGAUCCAAACGAAAGGAAGCAUGAGUGCAUCCAGAUGGCUCAGUUUCCUGCUAGCAGUGACUUUGAAUGUGAUUUUGGUCAGCUCAGCUCCACAUUUGAGGGCUGAUGACUUCAGUUUUGUGAUUUUACACAACAACGACAUGCAUGGACGAUUUGAAGAAACGGAACGUAACACUGGAAGUUGCCAGAAGGGCAAUAGGAAUAACACAUGUAUUGGUGGAAUGGCUCGAACUGCUCAUGUAAUUAGGGCAUAUAGACAAAGAGCUAAAGAAAGCGCUGGUCCUCCGGUACUCUAUCUUAACGCAGGAGACACAUUUGUGGGAACCACUUGGUUUAGCUUAUUUACCUGGAACAUAUCUUCCUCAUUUAUAAACCUGCUGAAACCAGAUGCUUUGAGUUUGGGAAACCACGAGUUUGACCUAACCGAAAAGGCCCUAGCUCCUUUCAUAAGCAAUCUGGACGCUCCCGUGCUAGCAGCCAACUUGAACUUCUCCCAAGAGCCCACUUUGGCUGGUAAAGUCAACGGUUCCACCAUCGUGCAAUUAUCAGGCAGACAAGUGGGGAUCAUCGGCUACCUCACCCCAGAGACCAUCAAGGUCUCCCAAGUGGGCAAAGUUACAUUCGAAGACGAAGUGCCAGCAGUACGAAGAGAAGCUGAAGCGCUUGCAGCUCAGGGCGUCAAUAUCAUCAUAGCGCUUGGACAUUCUGGAUACAACAUGGAUCAAACGAUUGCCAGGGAAGUGGAACUGGUGGAUAUAGUGGUGGGAGGCCAUACGAACACAUUCCUCUGGAAUGGCGCUCAGCCAGAUUCUGAGCUCAUCCAAGAUCUCUACCCGAAGGUGAUAACACAAGAAUCUGGAAAGCAAGUUCCAGUGGUCCAGGCCUAUGCCUACACGAAGUACUUGGGGGUUUUGAACUGUUCAUUUGACUCAAAUGGAGACCUCACUGCGUUUGCUGGGCAGCCACUGUUAAUGAGCACAAGCAUUCCUCAAGAAGCAGACCUGCUACAGUUGUUGGACGUCUAUAGGCCUGCCAUUGACGCCUUGAAUGAAGAAAUAAUCGGCUACUCAAGAGUGUUUCUUGAUGGAGACAACUGGAAUUGCAGACACCAAGAGUGCAAUCUUGGAAACCUUGUUGCUGAUGCCCUAGUGUCUUAUGCGACAUCAGAAUCCACUGAUAGAUGGAGUAGCGUGCCCAUUGGGCUGUACAAUGGAGGAGGCAUCAGAAACAGCAUCACUCCCCAGGGGGAAACUGGAGCAGUUUCUAGAGGAGAUCUUAUUGCGGUUCUUCCAUUCGGCAACCAAGUGGUCGAAUUGACUCUUAAAGGAUCAGAUCUACUGCAGGCUAUAGAGCAAAUGGUCAGAAGUCAAGGCGAGACUUCCUCUGGGGAGUUUCCGCAGGUCUCCGGUUUAAGACUAGUUGUGGACAUGAAUCGAGAGCCGUAUUCGCGAGUGCUUUCUCUCAAAGCCAGAUGCGGCAUCUGCGACGUUCCAGUAUACGAAACAGUCGUUUCGGAUCAGAAUUAUACGUUAGUAACUUCGAGUUUCCUGGCAGACGGCGGAGAUGGAAUUACGGUGCUCAGCGACAAGUAUUUGAACAAACGGGUCAUGGACUUGGGAGAUUUGGAUGCUACAGCCAAUUAUAUCACGAAAUACACUCCGAUCUACCCGGAAAUUCAAGGAAGGAUUCGGGUUCAAAAUAGUACUGUUGAGGACAAUGAUGAAGACAGUGGAAAUGCGGGUAGUAGAAUGGGAUCGAGCUGGAUGUUAUUGAUGUUGGUCUGUUUACUGUUACCAACAGUAUUUCAAAGAGAAGUCUAAAUGUAUUAAAUUUUAAUAUAUUUUUUUAAUAUUA